UUUUACGCACUCUGUGGUCAAAAGUUUCUUGUGGCAGAAAGAGAACGCGUGAUGAUAGAAAAAGCCAAAUUUUCAUACCAAAUAAUUUGGAAGUUUCGCUAGCCUGGGUCUGACGAAUAUGACUUCAUUUUCAUCAGAACAUUCAUGGAGCAGACGUUGUUCAACUGAAACUGUUUUCAGCAUCCAGGGUAAAGAAACUGAUAUUGUGCGUGACACGAGUGACACAGAGUGGGCGAGCAGCGAGGAGGAGCGCGACGUUGAGUACGAGCCUGUGACGGAGCCCGAGGACGACGCCCCGCUCUCCUGGGAGUCCUCCAGCGGCAGCGACAACGAAAUAAUAACGACAAAAGUGAUAGAAGUAUCAAUGCGAGAUGACGGCGACCUCGUGUUCGCAGACUCCGAGCAGACAGAGUCGAAUGGCAGCGAUAGCGAGAUCGACCUGCACGACUACUGGUAUUGUGCGCAGUGUCUCGCUCGCAACAACAACCCCCUCUACCGGUACUGCGAGAAGUGCUUCAAGGUACGUAAAAACUUCUUCCCGCCGAGGCCGAAACGGAAACACAAGCGUAACUCGCUCGAGCGCGACAACACACGAAUAGAUCCUGAAAUAAAUACCAAAGACGAGGAUAUCGUCGUAUCUAGGUUCGAUUCCGACAACCUGGCGCGUCUGUCGCAGGACUCGGGGGUGGAAUCCUUAGGCAUCAUAUCUGCCUCCAGUCAAGAACUGGGUCGUAGCGAGGUGGUCGCUCUCUCGGCAGAUAAUGAAGUCAUAAGUGAGACUAGUUUAAGUCAAAAUGUGAUAUUAAAUAGACGUCGGAAACGUCGCGCGGAAUCCGCUGACCGUAGGGACAAACGUAUGAAAGUUGACUAUUCAGAUAGUGAAAGUGAUUCUGAGAGAGAAACGAAAGUUAAACCUUUAGUUAAAAUGGUUAGUGAUCCAUCUUUAUCCAUACAGGAGAUAGAUUCAGUUAAAUUGUCCAAAAAGGCGAUUAUUAAUUCGAUAAAAGAAAAUCUAGAUGGUAAUGAUAAUAUGUGCAUAAUUUGCUUCUCAAAGCCAAAGUCUGGUGUCUUUGUUCAUGGUAGAAUUGCACAUAUAUGUUGUUGUUAUAACUGCGCAGUGAAAGUUUGGGCUAAAGCUAAACGUUGUCCCGUCUGUAACUGUAAAGUCAGUAAUGUUCUUAAAGCGGUCGUUAUGUAGUCGUUAAUAUUUAUAAAUAACUUGUUGAUUAUCUUUUGUUGGUCGUUGUUUAAUUAUUAAUUAUUGGGUUACUAAAGUAAACAGUGGCCAUGUACAAUCAUAAUUUGCUUAAAUAAAAAAGAUUAAUUCACAUAGACUUCUCAAAUACAAAGGUAAUUUGUGCAAAGUGAAGAAAAAAAAGCUUUGUUUAUGUUGUAGAAGUGUGGGUAUAAUUCUAGAAUAACAUUUUCAUACUAUAGAUUCAGGGUACAUAUCUGGAAUUUAUCGAUACAUUUUCAAUUCAAUAUAGGUUUAAAUCUAGAUUUAGGCGUUGUGGCUAUGUACCUGAUCAAAUGAUCGCGUGGAUUUUGUAUAUAGUAAAUAGAAAAAUUUUCAAAUUGCAUUAAAAUUGUCUAGUUUUUUAGAGUGAGAUAUUCAAAGUAAAUCUAUUAUGAUUAGAUUAACAAGUUUUCCACCGAAAAGAGAUAAUAUAUUGUUUAUGUAAGGUCUAGGUUAGGUCCUAAAAGUAAAUAGGUUAAAUACAAAAAAAUCUUCACAUAAUUUAAGUUCAAAUGAGGUUUCGACCUAAAUUAAUAUAACCUCAAAUCUUAUUUUAGUUUUCUUUAGUUCGAA